AUGUAUCUGUCCGAUACCGCUUUUGCAUGGUCACUCAUGUCAACCUCACUGGCCGUUGCGCAAACCAUCGGGCUUCACCGAGAUGCAGGAUCAUGGACUUCUAUUCCGCCCUGGGAGAAAAGGCUUCGGUGUCGACUCUGGUGGGGUCUCUAUGCCAUGGAGAAGUGGGUCGCCUUGGCACGAGGAAUGCCCAGUCACUUGGGUGAUGAUGAUUACGAUGUAUCUAUGCUAAAGCAGGAAGAUAUGCACGACACCCUCUCAGACUCUCCGGAUACACAGAGUCACAUCUAUCAUUUGUCGACAUUAUCGACAAUACUAUCGGAUAUCCAGCGAUCCUUCUAUUCGGUGAAGGCGAUCGGAAAGACAUCCAAUAACCUCCAAUACUCCUUGGACCUAGCACGGCCAAUGCGCGUGAGGCUUAAAGACUGGCGUGAUAAUUUGCCAAGUAAUUUGAGACCAGCCUCUAAUGUUGUUUCUGGAAAGGACCUCGAUGGGAAUGGAUCACUUUAUCUUUCAUACAUCGUCACGCAUGUGGCUCUUCUUCGUGCCUUGCUAAGACCAUUGGAUCGGUGGCCGGCAAUAAUCAAGGUAAACGAAGAAGAGCCGGAUGCGACCUACGAGGGCGCCAAAGCAGUAGUCAAAGGGGCGUUGUUAUGUGUGAAAGAAUUUGUUGAGUUUGUCGAAAAGCUCACGGGAGCUCAGUGGAAUGGAUUCUGGCAUAGCUGGAGUCGACCUAAUUUCGCCAUCGCUGGCUCCUUCAUGGUGCACCUUCUACAAAUCGUCUCACUCUCCAACCAGACCGAGGGUGAAUCAAGGCCCGAGUUUUUAAAAUAUUCAUUUGACCAAGAGCAUACCGAACUUCAAGACUGGAUUCGGAGAUGGCGCUGGGCGACUCGUAUUUCGGCAAAUGGAGCAGCAGGGGCCAAAGGCUUGACAAAUCUCGGAUUCAUCAAGGUAGAGAUUCUAAUGGGAAACGGAACAUAA